AUGUCCUCCACGAAUUCACACCCCGGCGGGACCAGUCGUACCGCAAUGGCCACCACGACAGUAAAGAUUGAUGGAAUGACUUGCGGAGCAUGCACGUCUGCAGUGGAAGGCGCGUUUCAAAAGGUAGACGGUGUGCAUGAUGUCUCCGUUAGUCUCAUCAUGGGCAGGGCCGCUGUACAACACGACCCGUCAGUGUUAGCGCCUGGAAAAAUCGCAGAGAUGAUUGAAGACUGUGGCUUCGAUGCGGCAGUACUAUCCACCGAGGAGCUCCAAAUUCCCAACACUAUUUCUUCCGCAGCCCCGCGGCUCUCGGUGACCAAUCUUGCGAUCGAGGGUAUGACAUGUGGCGCAUGCACAUCUGCAGUGGAAAGCGGCUUGAAUGAUGUUACCGGUGUGAACUCCGUGGACGUAUCACUACUUUCCGAGCGCGCAGUAGUGGAACAUAAUGCCGACAUCAUCACGCCGGAGCAGAUUGCAGAAAUCAUUGAGGAUAGAGGCUUCGGAGCGCGAGUGCUGGACACUUCCCUGGUGGGCUCCAAGGAGCCAUCUCAAUCGGUUGAUUCAGAAGAGAAAUCCGCAUUCCUCGUCACCACCGUCGCAAUCGAAGGCAUGACAUGCGGCGCUUGCACAUCCAGCGUCCAAAAUGCUUUGCGCAGUGUAGAUGGAGUGAUUCAGUUCAAUAUCAGUCUUCUAGCUGAGCGAGCGGUAGUUGUGCAUGACUCGACAAUACUCCCCGCCAGCAAAAUUCCAGAACUGAUCGAAGAUACUGGGUUCGACGCGUCCAUUGUGUCAUCGGAAGCGCAGACGCAGGCGGCAAUCUCAAGAAAGACACAGCAAAUCAAUCUGAGUCUGCAUGGUCUGCGGGACGGGGCUUCUGCAACUGCACUAGAGGACAAUCUAUUGCAGCAACCAGGUGUCCAUUCGGCAUCGAUCAAAAUGGCUACCUCUCAUAUCGCUAUUGCUUUCGAUCCAUCAGUAAUUGGCAUUCGGUCUGUUGUGGAAGUGAUCGAGGCCGCGGGUUACAAUGCAUUGAUCGUCGACUCAGAUGAUACCAAUGCACAGCUACAAUCACUGUCAAAAACGAGGGAAAUACAAGGAUGGAAACGAGCUUUUAUCAUUGCCGCCUCUUUUGCAGUCCCUGUCUUCUUCAUCAGCAUGAUCCUCCCGAUGUACUUGCCGGGACUUGACUUUGGAAAGUUCGAACUGAUACCGGGGUUAUAUCUUGGAGAUCUGAUUUGUCUCCUCCUUACGAUUCCGGUGCAGUUCGGUAUCGGCAAACGAUUUUACGCUACCAGCUUCAAGUCCAUUAAGCACCGGUCCCCAACUAUGGAUGUUCUCGUGAUGCUAGGCACAUCCGCUGCCUUCUUUUACAGCUGCUUCACUAUGACCAUAGCACUUUGCAGCAUGGAUCAUAGGCGCCCAAGCACCGUCUUUGACACUAGCACGAUGCUCAUUACGUUUAUCACCCUCGGGCGUUGGUUAGAGAACCGAGCUAAAGGCCAAACAUCAGCUGCCCUAUCUCGACUUAUGUGUCUGGCUCCAUCUAUGACGACUAUUUACGAAGACCCUAUUGCAGCAGAGAAACUAGCUGAGCGCUGGGUCGCGAAGCCUACAUCUGACUCGCCUGGGCAACUUACGCUGGCCGAGGACAUGACGGUAAAUCACAAGUGUAUUCCCACCGAGCUUAUCCAAGUCGGCGAUGUUGUUAUCCUCCAUCCUGGAGACAAAGUGUCUGCGGAUGGUGUGGUCAUUCGGGGCGAGAGCUAUGUUGAUGAGAGUAUGAUCAGCGGAGAGGCUCUGCCAAUCCACAAGAAACAAGGCAGCCAAGUUGUUGCCGGCACUGUGAAUGGUACAAACGCCAUCGAUUUCAAAGUUAUUCGAGCUGGCAAAGAUACCCAGUUAAGCCAAAUUGUGAAGUUGGUACAGGACGCGCAGACCAGCCGUGCUCCGAUUCAGCGUAUGGCUGAUAUAGUUGCUGGUUACUUUGUCCCUACUAUCAUUACGCUCGGUUUGGUCACAUUCUUUGGCUGGAUGUUCCUCAGCCACGUACUGCCUCAUCCACCUAUGAUCUUCGAAAUGGAAGACAGCGGUGGCCGAGUCAUGGUUUGCCUAAAGCUAUGUAUCUCAGUUAUUGUCUUCGCAUGCCCUUGCGCGCUAGGUUUGAGUACCCCAACCGCAGUUAUGGUUGGUACCGGAGUUGGUGCGGAGCAUGGCAUCCUCGUCAAAGGAGGUGCCGUUCUUGAAGCUGCCACAAAAAUCACUCAUGUCGUCUUUGAUAAAACGGGCACCUUGACAACAGGGCGAAUGAACGUGGCUCACACCCGAAUUGAACCUCACUGGACGCGUCAGCUCUGGUGGCUCCUUGUCGGACUUGCGGAGACCGGCAGUGAACACCCAAUCGGAAAAGCGAUUAUCGCGGCCGCAAUUACCGAAUCGGGCCAUGUUGGAGAAGACGGGUUACCUGGUAUUAUGGGCGACUUUGACAAUUGCGUUGGUAAAGGUAUAUCCGCCGUCGUCGAACCCACAUCUAGCGGCCAGCGCACCCGGUACCAGAUUUUGGUUGGCAAUGCCAGCUUUCUCCGGUCUAAGGACGUCCCUGUACCCGCCGAUGCGGAUCCCGAUUCUGCAGUACUCUUUGAAGACCCAGAAGUCAACGUCCCGAAACGUGGCAGUACAUCAUCCGGCAUUACUCGCAUCCACGUCGCAAUCGAUAACAGCUAUGCCGGAACUAUCUCACUCCGAGACACAGUGAAAGACACAGCCCGAGCGACAGUAGCAGCCCUACAUCGCAUGGGUAUCUCGACAUCUAUAGUAACUGGUGACACUCUCUCAGCAGCCACAUCAAUUGCCACAGCAGUCGGCAUUCCAACCGCAUCAAUCCAUGCCUCUAUCUCGCCAUCAGAGAAAAGCUCAAUCAUCUCCGACCUCCAAGCAGAAGGCGAGCGUGUCGCUAUGGUCGGCGAUGGCAUCAACGACUCACCGGCGCUAGCAACAGCGUCCGUUGGAAUAGCUCUCGCAUCCGGCACAGACGUAGCUGUCGAGGCUGCUGACAUUGUCCUCAUGCGCCCAGAUGAUCUUCUUUCCGUGCCAGCUAGUCUGUGCCUCUCGCGCUCGGUUUUCACACGCAUCAAGUUGAACUUGAUGUGGGCCUGCAUGUACAAUCUCAUCGGUCUGCCUUUCGCCAUGGGACUUUUCCUUCCCUUCACUGGCUUCAUGCUACCCCCCAUGGCGGCCGGCGGCGCUAUGGCACUUUCAAGUAUCUCUGUCGUCGUUAGCAGUCUUCUGCUGAAGUUCUGGCGUCGCCCGUCUUGGAUGGAGGUUAAGAACCUUGAGAAGGAGUUACGCUUGGGUGCGAUCUCUGCGGCUGGUGCGUCGAGCCGCGGUCAUUACCGUAGAUCCAGCUGGUGGGUCCCUGCUAUCAUGCCUUCGAAUAGCCCGCGCUCUCUGCAUCGCCGUGUUGGCAAUGCUGUCUCUUCACUUUGGUCCCUGGUUACGGGUAAAGGGCCCAAGCCGAUUAUUCGGGGAGAUGAGGGUUAUGUUCCGCUGCAGACAGUCGAGCCGCCUGUUUGA